AUGGGAUUGACUCUAAAUCCAGACGAACGAGCUGAAUUUAUCGAUGUUUUUGCUUGGUCAUAUGAAGAUAUGCUAGAAUAUGAAGCCUAUGUAGUGGGUCUCGAAACAACAUUAGCACUUGGAGUUAAAAAGCUUCGAAUAUUUGGAGACUCAUCCCUCAUCAUCAAUAAGAUUUCCAAGAGAUGGAAGGUGAGGAGUGAAAGUCUAGCUCCUUAUCAAACUUACUUAGAAACUCUCACUGAUCAACUCGAUAAGGUAGAGUAUACAUAUCUACCAAGAGAAGAGAACCAAUUCGCAUAUGCCUUAGCAAGACUAGCCUCAAUGGUUAGAAUUUCUAAGGAAACCGAGAAAAUGCUUCUAACCAUAGAGAAAAGGCAUAAGCCCACCUAUGGCCAAGCCCUUAAUGAUGAAUUUGAAGAAGAAGUCCAAGAGGAUGAAGAAGAACCUUGGUGCAUGGACAUUCUCAACUAUGUCACUAAAGGGGAAUAUCCACCUAAGAAGAGAGAAAAACGCGCUUUGAGACUCCUAGCUUCACAGUAUGUACUCAUCAAUGGUGAACUCCAUAAAAGAGUACCUAAAGGAAGAGCUCUCCUAUGUGUAGGCAAAAAGGAGGCACAAAGGGUAAUGAGGAUCAUCUGCGAAGGAGCAUAUGGAACACACAUGAAUGGCAAAAUGCUAGUCUAG